UCAGGCGUCCCCGUGUGACGUGAAGCGGAAGUGAAGAUGGCGCUGGACGGCUCGUCCACGUCUGUUGUUAUGGCGCACGGUAACCAGUACCAGCACUCUCAUGUGUCUGACUAUUACAGCCGCAAGCUGAGCAACAAGCCCGAUGUGGUGCCGUCCGGGGUCACCGAGAGGAAGGUGUUUCCCGCGGACAAACCGGACAUGGUGGCGCUGGACGUGCUGGGAAUCACAGACUCGGAUGCUCCAGUGUACAGACAGAAGCAGGAGGCUGACACUCUUGUUCUGGGGACGAUCCAUCCCUUCCGCAAAGCCCACCGCUCCGUCCUGGGGAAGCUGGCACAGGAGUUCAGCUUGGUGACCUCUGACCGGCGGUCGUGGAAGAUCCUCCUGUUCGGUGCGUUGAAUGUGGUCUGUACAGGGUGUCUGCUGAUGUGGUGCAGCUCCACCAACAGUAUGGCUCUGACCGCAUACACGUACCUCACCAUCUUUGACCUCUUCAGUCUGAUCACGUGUUUGCUGAGUCUGUGGGUGACCAUGAAGAAACCCUCUCAGAUCUACUCCUUUGGCUUCCAGCGUUUCGAGGUGCUGGCGGUCUUCUCCUCCACUGUGCUGGUUCAGCUGGGUUCGCUCUUCAUCCUGAAGGAAAGUGUUGAGCGGUUUGUGGAGCAGCCUGAGGUUCAUACCGGGCGUCUGCUGGUGGGCACGUUCGUGGCUCUGUUCUUCAAUCUGCUGACUCUGCUCUCCAUCAAGAACAAACCCUUCGUCUUUGUGUCUGAAGCUGCGAGCACCAGUUGGCUGCAGGAACACGUGGCUGACCUGAGCCGCAGUCUGUGUGGCCUGAUCCCAGCUCUCAGCAGUUUCCUCCUGCCCCGAAUGAACCCGUUUGUGCUGAUCAACCUGGCCGGAGCGUUCGCACUGGGCAUCACAUACAUGCUGAUCGAGAUCAAUAACUAUAAUGCGUUGGAUACCGCGUCCGCCGUGGCCAUCGCCCUCAUGACCUUCGGCACCAUGUACCCUAUGAGUGUGUACAGUGGGAAGGUGCUGCUGCAGACCACGCCGUCUCACGUCAUCGGGCAGCUGGACAAGCUCCUGCGAGAGGUGUCGACGCUGGACGGCGUUCUGGAGGUCAGGAAUGAACACUUCUGGACCAUCGGCUUCGGCUCUCUGGCGGGCUCGGUGCAUGUGCGUAUCCGCAGAGAUGCAGAUGAGCAGAUGGUGUUGGCCCACGUGUGGAACCGUCUGAGCGCUCUGGUGUCUGCGCUGACCGUGCACAUCUUCAAGGACGAGUGGUCUCGAGCGUCGCUGAGCUCCGGUGUUCUGCCCUGCGCACCGCUCAGCCUGUCCGAGUAUGUGAGUGCGGCGGCAGUGUUUCCGGCAGCCGCGUCCAGAGCACAGGGCUCUGAGCCGGUCCCCGCCACUUCCACACCUGCCAAACCCAGCAGCCCACCGCCCGAGUUCUCCUUCCACACGCCGGGCAGACACGUGCAGCCGGUGGUCUUCCAGACGGCACAUCCACACCGGCCCCUGUACGGCGGGCUGCAGGGCCCCGGGGUGCGCUUUGGUUUGGGGCCGCGGGGGCCGAUGCUGCAGGCCUACAGGACUCUGAGUGCAGCACCACACACAUACACCAGUGGGACACACACCGGCCCGCCCAGACCCUGACCCGCCACCUCUGCAGUAACAGUAUUUAUUCAGUAAUGGGACCAAGAGCAGCCAUUUUACUCUCGGUGGAUGUUUUACCUGUGUUCUUUAUUUGUAUUAAACCGCUAUCAGACA